AUAUAAGAAAGUUCAAUUGUUUUACUCCUGUUCAUGUGAUUAGUCGGUGAAUUUUUCCUCUCAUCAUUGAUUAUGUUUUGGGGGUUCUUCCUGUAACACUGAAUCUCCCAAUUGAAUUUGUUUGUUUUUGUUUUUGUUUUCUUUUUGUUGUUCUGCUACUUCUUUUCUGAUCUCUCAAAUUCGGGGCAAGAAACUCUGGUUUUUGUGGAGGUCGAUUGCCUGUGCGUCAUUGUGACUACAGAGGGAUGUUUAAGGAAUGAUGAACCAAGUGCGCACUACUGAUACUGUAGCUGAACAGGACCCCAAUUUUCUUGAGAAACAUCAAAUUGUUGAUUCAAGUGGACAAGCAUCUGCAUCUUUUACUCCUGGACAUUCCCUUCUGCCCUCAGCCACUGGUUCUACAGCUGUGUCAUGGACCAUGCACAAAACAGAUAAUAGCUCUUCUGAGAAUGGACUUCUUCCAAGUUCCAGCUAUCAUCAUAAUCAGCAGACGGAGCCACUUCCAAGGGAGCUGCAAGAUGGAUUGAAUGCUGCGUCAAAUGCCUCUACUUCAUCUAAUUUGGGGGCAGCAAGUGGACCACAAGAAUAUGCUGGGUAUUCAUCAUAUACAAGUUCAACUGAUCCUUUUGGUUAUGGCAACACAGGAUAUCAACAUGGUUACUAUUAUCAAUAUCCACAGCAAACAAACCAUUCAUACUCUCAACAAGGGGGUGUAUAUCAAAAUUCAGGUGCUCCUUAUCAGCCUCUUACCUCAUUUCAGAAUACAGGGCCUGCAAGUUAUACAAGCACUUACUACAAUGCUACUGAUUAUCAGACAACUGGAGGUUACCCGAGCAACGAGUAUAAUAAUCAGACUAACUUGUGGAAUGAUGGUUCAUAUGCACAGUAUCCCUCUCAUCAGUAUUCAGCCUACUCCUCUUCAGAUUCUAACGGUGCUCAAAGUUCUAGUACUGUAGCUGCAACUCCACUUCAUUAUCAGCAACAAUAUAAGUCAUGGGCAGAUUAUUACAGUCAAACAGAUGUUAGCUGCGCUCCUGGGACAGAGAAUAUUUCUGUUUCCAGCGCAACCACUUGUGCAGUGCCUGGUGCCACAGGUGGAUAUCCAUUUUCAAAUGGCCAGCCUCCACCACCUGGUACAACAUCUUGGAGACCAGAACCCAUUUCAUCUGAAUUGCCUUCAUUGCAGCAGGCUGGUGAUGUGACAGGUGAUGCUUACAAUGUUCACUGGAAACAUGGAACUUCAGGAUUCCAAAGUCAUGUCAAUCCAGUGCCAUCAUACUUUCAAAAACCUUUGGAUCAAAAUCCCCUCCCAUAUGAUAGCUCUCGGGAUCAGCAGAAGAUAGCUUGUCCUCAGGGGUCCAAUCUACAGUAUUCUGUUACCAAUCAAGUCUCUCAGAACCAGGUCCCUCAGAAUUAUCAGCCACCAUUGCAAACCUUUCCCUCUCUGGAUACACGUCGGGUAAGCAACUUGCAGAUUCCAACAAACCCUAGAAUUGCUUCAAAUUUGGGCUUGAGCUUGCCAAAAACCGAUAAGGAUAGCUCUACAACCAAUGCAGCAACAAAGCCAGCUUAUAUCGGUGUCUCAAUGCCGAAGUCUAAUAACAAAGUGCCCUCUCAUGAAGAUGCUGAUUCCAUGCUCAAGCCUGGCAUGUUCCCUAUGUCUCUACGUGCAUAUGUGGAAAGGGCGUUGUCCCGUUGCAAGGAAGAUUCUCAAAAGGCAACUUGUCAAAACAUAAUGAAGGAGAUGAUUACAAAAGCAUCUGCUGAUGGUACACUUUUUACACGAGACUGGGAUACCGAACCUCUUUUCCCAUUACCGGAUGUGGAUACGGUCAAUAAGGACAGUGGGCAGAGUUCUGGUGCUGUUUCUUCAUUACCAAGGUACAAAAGAAGUCCCAGUAGGCGUACCAAAAGCAGGUGGGAACCUAUAUCAGAGGAGAAAUUGAUUGAGAAAGUGCCAUCUGUCAGUCAUGUUUCAGUAAAAGAGGUUAACUGGGACCAUUUCAAAGCAAGGGAUAGGGUGUUGUCUAGUGGAAAAUGUGAGAGCAUAGACGAUGGUUGGAAUAAUUCCAAUCUCCCUCCAUUGCAACAUCAAACUCCAGGUAAAAAUGUUCAAAGGCCAGUUAAGAAACAGCGGCUUAGUGAUAACUUCGGUACUGCUGAAAACGGUGGUGGUUCCAGCGAUAGUGAUAAAGAACAGGGUUUGACAGCAUAUUAUUCAAGUGCAAUAACUUUAGCGAAUUCACCAGAGGAAAGAAAAAAACGUGAAAAUCGUUCUAAACGAUUUGACAAGGCACACGGACAUCAAGCAGGAGUCAAGCACUUUCAGCAAAAGGCUGUUGGAGUUGGAAGUUUGUAUUCUAGAAGGGCUAGUGUUCUGGAGCUUAGCAGAAGCUAUAACGAUGGUGGCAGCAGGGCUGUAGAAGAUAUUGAUUGGGAUGCCUUUACUGUCAAAGGAACCUGCCAGGAAAUUGAGAAGCGCUAUUUGCGCCUUACUUCUGCACCUGACCCUGCCACUGUUAGGCCGGAAGAGGUGUUAGAAAAAGCUCUCGUAAUGGUUCUAAGUUCUCAAAAGAACUAUCUUUACAAAUGUGAUCAGUUGAAAUCAAUUCGUCAGGAUUUGACUGUACAGAGGAUACAUAAUGAACUAACCGUCAAGGUGUAUGAAACUCAUGCACGAUUGGCACUAGAAGCUGGGGAUCUGCCAGAAUAUAAUCAGUGCCAAUCACAGCUACAAAGCCUUUAUGCAGAAGGAAUCAAGGGAUGUCAUAUGGAAUUUUCUGCUUACAACUUACUUUGUGUUAUAUUGCACUCAAAUGACAACAGAUAUCUUUUAUCGUCGAUGGCAAGAUUAUCAGAUGAAGCGAAAAUGGAUGAAGCUGUCAAGCAUGCUCUUGCGGUCCGUGCAGCUGUUACGUCGGGGAACUAUGUCCUGUUCUUCAGACUGUACAAGAUGGCUCCCAACUUGAACACCUGCCUUAUGGAUCUGUAUGUGGAGAAGAUGCGGUUUGAGGGGGUGAAAUGCAUGUCUCGUUCUUAUCGCCCUACACUUCCUGUUGUAUACAUUGCUCAGGUCCUAGGCUUCACUAAUGUCUUGCCAACAACAGAAGGAAAUGAAGAAAAAUACGUGGAUGGAUUGGAGGAAUGUGAGGACUGGUUAAGGGCACAUGGAGCAUGCCUCAUCAAGGAUAACAGCCAAGAGAUGCAGCUCGACACAAAGGCUUCCUCUUCCAGCCUUUACAUGCCAGAACCUGAAGAUGCCGUUGCCCAUGGGGAUACAAAUCUUGCCGUUAUUGAUUUUCUGACACGAACAUCAUGAAGGCGAUUUUUGGUUGUAAACUAUUGUAUUUUGUUUUUACCCUUGUAUCUCUAACAUUUUGCCUAGGCCCACUGGUGUUAAUGUAAGUAGAAAUCCAGAAGGCUUGGUGAAGCAAUGGAUGAGAACAGAUGAGAGUUUGCUUCCCAGGGUUAUUUGGGAGUGGUCUUGUCAGCCAUAAUACCUGUAAUAUUUUGGAGGGUAUGGAUGGGAUGUAUGAAAUGAGAAGAGCCGAAUGAAAUGGAGGGAGAUUUGUUCUUG